AUUGAACACCGGUCCCCUCCUCUGCGGCGAAUGAUCUUCGACGGACGCUGCUCCAAGACGCUAUUUAGUCCACCCCGGUGACAGUGUUUUGUCACAGGGACGGAGACUAUAACGGUGACACUAGCUACACUGCAGCCUGGCCGUGAAGCCGGGUUGAAAGCUGUCAUACACCAACCGUGCUGUCAUUGCGAUAAAAACACGCGUGAUAGAACUAUAGGAUCACUUCUCGUAGAAGAAGAUAGCCUCCUCGCUGUAUCACUUACUGUCGGCGGCGAACAGAAGAAAAGGAUUUACCCAGCCACCGACAGUCUGACUAUGGACCCAAACUGCAAUGUCUUACCUGCGAACCACGAGUCCAGGGCCUAUGAUCACGUAAACACAGGAAAUCUCAUUUCAAAUUCUCCGACCUCAAAGAAGCUCGAGGUGUGCACCGGCUGUCAGCGAGCCAUAGAAGAUAGGUUCUUCUUGAAAGUAAUGGCGAACACGUGGCACGAGCAAUGUCUUCAAUGCUGUGUGUGUCGUCUGCCUCUCACCCAAUCUUGUUUCUUCAAAGAUAUGAAACUCUACUGCAAGAUGGAUUAUGACAAACUUUACGGUACCAAGUGCAAUAGAUGUCGACAGCCGAUCCCUCCUAACGGUCUAGUAAUGCGCGCGCUGGACCACGUGUACCACAUGCAAUGUUUUAUUUGUGUCGUCUGCGGACAUCAGUUACAAAAAGGAGAGCAAUUUGUAAUGAAGGAUGGGCAGUUGCUUUGCAGGCUGGAUUUUGAAAAGGAGUUUGCAAUGUUACCUCUAAGCCCCAAAAGCGAAGAAGACAGUAGUUUAGAGGACAACGAGAGUGACAGUGGCACGACGAAGGGUCCAAAAAGACCUCGAACAAUUCUUACUACAAGUCAGCGAAGAAAAUUUAAAGCUUCAUUUGAGGUCAAUCCUAAACCAUGUCGUAAGGUUCGAGAGUCCCUGGCGGCGGAAACAGGCCUGAGUGUCCGAGUCGUCCAAGUAUGGUUUCAGAACCAAAGGGCCAAGGUGAAAAAGAUAGCACGGCGUCAAAACCAGGACUCAAGCGGUGGCGGCUUAGACUCCAAAGGAAAUCAAAACAAAUCUCAGAAAAGGAAAUAUAAAGAUGAAGAUGAUCUCAAUGGAACAGAAAACAUGGGCAAUAUAAACGCCAUGACGCCUGACCAAGCCAACAUGCAAAACGUUCCUCCAAUGGGCGACAAUCCAUAUACCAACCACAUGGGAGCUUACGACUCCCCACCCGGUCAUCAAGGUCCAAUGUAUACACCGAACUCAUUGGGGGAAAGCAUCUACAGUCCCGAGGCGCCAAUAUCAAUGGAAAACAGUCUAGACAACCUAGAUGAAAUGCUAUUAGCUGAGCAAGCACACGAACACCAUGUUUUGACCAGUAGGAAUGGGGGACUCAUAAACCCCAUUGAUAAACUUUACUCGAUGCAGGAUUCUUAUUUUAGUCAUUAACUUGGAUGGUGAUUGUGUAAAUGUGAAAAUUGAAAACGUUUUUGUUUGAAACAAUUUUUCCAAGCACAUGCACGCUUACGUCAUGAACGACCCCUUUACGGUGAUAUUUUAGACGAAGUUUUAACUGACCCGUUUUAUAUUAGCAUCAUUGUGACACUUGCCUCAUAGUCAAAAUAAUGUGUUAAGACAUAAGUUAUUGCUGUUUCUGUUGUUAUUAGUGCAUUACGCUAAUUAUGUAACAACGGCUUAAAGCAUGAAUAGAUGUAACACAAUGUGUCCAUGCUUUGUUAAUAUGUUUUACAUUUAUUCCUUGAUAUUUAAAGUAGGUGUUUUGUACUAACCCUUAUUUUUGUAUAUCGUGAUAUCUGGUAUAUCAGAAAAGAUAUAACUUAACUCUUUCAGUAAUGAUGCUUUUAUAUUAGCUGUAUUUUAUUUGUAAAAUGUGGGUUAUAUUUUUAUCAAAUAUCUUUGCAUGUUAUCAUUUACUCGCGAUCGUCCAAGUGUUAAUUGAAAAGUCCAAAACCAUAAGGAGUUCCAAACAUGUAUAUUGCCAAAGGACGUGUCACUUUUUUCAUUAGAGAGAUAAAUACGUAAUGAGGGGCUCCACAUUAUUUAUAGUAUACAGAUGACAGAUUUAUCCUCUUACAUAUGUGCUAAGCACAUAAGAAGCCCCAAGACGUGCAGUUUUGGGUGUCCUUUUUCUUAAGAUAUUUAAAUCGAACUGCAAGGAAUGUCUUUUGGUACCUAUGUGAAAGACUGUGCGAUCAAUCCCUAUACAAUGUUAUUUACAUGUUGAACAGUAUAGAUUUGCACAUUGCCCUUUGUGUUGUCAGAUGAUUUGCUUUAAACUAAUACAAAACCCUGUGCUAAAUCCAAGAAAAGCUGUACCGAACAACAACGCCAUAUUUCGAUUUCUUUUUCAGAUAGAUUGAUACAUAUUCUG